GUUAGUUUGAAAAAAAACAUCGAUGACAACGGUUGUUCAAUUAGCAGAUCGUCGCUUGUCUGGCCCACACAUUUAUACCUCAAUGAUGCAUCCAAGGUUGAUGGUUUUGGCCCUUGCAUUUCUUAUGUAUGACAGUAUUGAUGCCAAUCCCAUACAGAGUGCCAAGGCCAAGCCCCCUGUGGCCACAGAGUUUAUAAUUUUGCACAAUAAUGACAUGCAUGCCCGAUUCGAGCAGACGAGUGUGAGUAGUGGCAUUUGCACGCCGGAGGAGGCCAGAUCGAAUAAAUGUUAUGGCGGCUUCGCCCGAGUGGCCUAUGAAGUUGGCAAAUAUCGGGACGAAGCUCGAAGGGGAGGGACGCCAGUGUUUUACUUGAAUGCUGGAGAUACCUAUGCCGGCACAGCUUGGUUCAGCAUCUUCAAAGAUAAGAUAGCCAGUGCUUUUCUCAACAAACUUAAACCAGAUGCCAUUUCCUUGGGCAAUCAUGAGUUUGACGAGCAAGUCGCAGGUCUUAUACCUUUCCUAAAUGAUGUGGAAUUCCCAGUGUUGGCCUGUAAUUUGGAUUUGCGCAAUGUGCCCCAAUUGGCAGCUACCAAGCAUUUGGCCAAUUCAACAGUCUUGGAAACGAAUGGAACAAAAAUUGGCGUAAUUGGUUACCUAACACCAGACACAAAGACUUUGACUCUUAAUUGUGAAGCAGACUUCUUUGAAGAAGUUGUUUCCAUAAAUGCCGAGGCAAAGAAAUUGAAGGCUCAAGGAAUUAAUAUUAUCAUAGCAUUGGGUCACUCCGGCUAUAAAAAAGAUCAGGAAAUUGCUCAAAACUGUCCCGAUGUCGAUAUAGUCAUAGGGGGACAUACGAAUACCUUCCUCUACAAUGGUACCCAGCCCGAUGCGGAGAAAAUUGAAGGUCCCUAUCCCAACAUGAUCAGGCAGAAGAGUGGCAAAAUGGUGCCAGUUGUUCAGGCCUAUGCCUAUACGAAAUAUUUAGGCAAACUUCAUGUGAAGUUCGAUGCCGAAGGCAAUCUAAUUGAAUUUGAUGGAUCACCCAUUCUACUGGAUGCUUCAGUCAAUCAGACUCAAGAUGUCUUGGAUCUACUCGAGGUUUACCGGGCAAAUGUAACUGCACUAGAGAAAUCAAUUGUGGGUCAUACUAGAGUGUUGCUGGAGGGACGCAAAGAGAUUUGUCGGGCUAGAGAAUGUAAUAUGGGAAAUCUAAUCACAGAUGCCAUGGUAUUCAGUCGGGUUUUGGAUGAUCUUGGCGGUGUUUAUUGGACAGAUGCGGCUAUAGCUGUACUUCAGGGCGGGGGCAUUCGCAGCUCUAUUGAAAAGAGAUCGGAUGGAACUAUUACAGAGAAUGAUCUUCUGACGCUUCUGCCUUGGGGUAAUCAUCUCUAUGUAGUCAGAGUCAAGGGUCAGACUCUUCGUAAUGCUCUGGAACAUGCUGCUGCUGUGCGAUCAACAGAUUCCGAUGGUGGUUUCCUGCAGGUUUCGGGCAUUCAUGUGAUCUUCAAUCAAAACCAACCCAAGGGUCAGCGUGUUGUGUCUGUGGAUGUCCGUUGCGCCGCUUGCCCAGUGCCAGAUUACAAGCCGCUCAAUAAUAGCGGAAGCUACAACAUAGUGAUAUCCGAAUUCUUGUUCCAUGGCGGCGAUGGACACAAUUUCAAUGAAACGAGUGACAAAAACACUUUCCUUCCCGUCCGUCUGCAGUUGAAUGAUCGAGGCGUUGUUGGUCAAUACCUAAAGAAUCGUGAUAGCGUCUAUCCGGAGAUCGAGGGGCGCAUUAAAUUUGUGGAAACAUCAGCGGCCAGUAGUCUUCUUCAGUCGUUUGCCUUGCUGCUUGCCUCACUGGGAGUGAUGCGACUCUUUAGCUAAGACUGCCACACAGAGUGUGGUAUAAUUUUAGGCUGGAUGGAACCGAGAAGUUUGCUCGAGAAGGCAAAGGUUUUUCUUUUUUUCUUUAUGAAUUGACAUCAUAGUUUCUUGUCAAAUACUUUCAAAUUUUCCUAUGCAAAAAAAUUUACGCCAAAGAAAUAUUAAUAAACAAAAGUGCCUCUUUU